UUAGCGGUAGCCGGGUAAAGACAUUCCUUCGUAUUCACGCUCAGUUUGUAUGAAAAGAAAAUAAUAGCGGAAGAAGAAGAAGAACCGAACAAAAAGCCUAGACCAUGUGGCUCGAGGUGUUGUGUCUUGUGACGUUGCUCGCAUUUUCGUUCUAUCGCUGGGUCACUGUCAACAAUGAUUUCUUUGCUAAACGGGGGAUACCCUAUGACAAGCCCUUAUUUCUGAUGGGCAGUUUUGUUGAAAUUUUUCGCCGGCAAAAGCCGAUGUAUGACGUCAUAAUAGAUUUGUAUAACAAACACGAUGGCAAAGUCUAUGGCAUAUUUGAUCAGAGACAACCCUUGCUACUCAUACGAGAUCCAGAGCUUAUCAAACUCAUGGCCAUACGGGAUUUUGAACAUUUCCCCAAUCAUCGCAAUGCAUUUUUGAAAGAUGAUGCCCAUGAAAGUCACAUCUUUGGCUCUUCGUUGUUUUUCUUGCAAAAUGCCAAAUGGAAGGAGAUGCGAAAUACUUUGUCGCCUGCUUUCACAGGCAGUAAGUUGAGGAACACCUUUUUGCUAAUGAAUGAAGUGGGCCAACAGAUUGGUGUUUACCUCGAUGGCGAGAUAGCAAAGAAAUGCGAUCACAUGGGUGGCAUGGAUUUGAAUUUAAAGGAUCUUGCAAAACGUUUUACUAGCGAUGUGAUAGCCACUACGGCAUUUGGAGUGCAAGUGAAUUCAUUCAGCGAAGCAGACAAUGAAUUCUACACCAUGGGCAAGAAGAUGACUUCAUUCACAUUUUGGCAAAAUAUUAAAUUUGUCUUGAUAUCAAAUUUCGGAAAAUUGUGUAAGCUCUUAAACAUCGAUCUCUUUGAUAAGAAAUUCACCAACUAUUACAUGAAUCUGGUAAUGAAUACCAUGGCCUAUCGCAAGCAGCACAAUGUGGUAAGACCCGAUAUGAUUAACAUGCUUAUGGAGGCCCAGGGCUUGCUGGGCAAAGAGAAACCCAACAAAGGCAAAUAUAAAUGGACCGACACCGACAUGGUAGCUCAAUGCCUGCUCUUCUUUAUUGCGGGCUAUGAAACUGUCAGCUCCCUGAUGUGCUUUACUGCUCUCGAACUGAUGUUUAAUCCCAAGAUACAGGAGAAGCUGUACGAAGAAAUUUCUAAAGUUUCCCAAGAACUAGGUGAUCAGCCAUUAACAUAUGAGGUCAUACAGAACAUGACCUACCUGGAUAUGAUUAUAUCGGAGGUAUUGCGCAAAUGGCCCGGUACCUUGGCAGUGGACCGUGUCUGCUCUAAGGAGAUCUCCUAUGAUUUGGACAAUGGUCAGAAAUUGACUAUCAAUGCAGGUGAUGCCGUAUGGUUUCCCAUAAAUGCUUUGCAUAUGGAUGCCAAAUAUUGGCCUGAACCGGAAAAAUUCAUGCCCGAGAGAUUUAGUGAGGAGAAUAAGGAGAAGAUAAUGCCAUUUACUUAUAUGCCAUUCGGUGUGGGACCACGCAAUUGCAUAGGUUCUCGCCUGGCCUUGCUGGAGGCCAAGUCUUAUAUUUACUAUUUAGUACGAGAUUAUCGCAUAGAGUCCUCUCCCCAAAUGUACAAUCCCACGAAGCUAAGCCCCAAUCUCUUUGAAAUGGUACCGGAAGGUGGUUUCUGGUUUAGAUUGGUGCAAAGAAAAUUCGUUGUCGAAAAAUUACCUGACAUAGAUUAUGAAUAUUAGACGACAAA